GAGCCCGACGUGGUCAGUGCGGCGCUGCGGUCCCCAUGGCGCUGUGGCGCGGCUCUGCGUGCGCGGGCUUCUUGGCGCUGGCAGUGGGCUGCCUCUUCCUACUGGAGCCGGAGCUGCCGGGCUCGGCGCUGCGCUCGCUCUGGAGCUCGCUGCGGCUGGGGCCGGCGCCCGUGCCCCCCGGACCUGUGUCUCCCGAAGGCCGGUUGGCGGCCGCUUGGGACGCGCUUAUCGUGCAGCCCGCCCGGCGCUGGCGCCGCGUGGCCGUAGGAGUCAAUGCGUGUGUCGAUGUGGUGCUCUCGGGCGUGAAGCUCUUACAGGCACUUGGCCUGAGUCCUGGGAAUGGGAGAGAUCACGCCAUUCUGCAUUCAAAGAAUGAUCUGGAAGAAGCCUUCGUUCACUUCAUGGGGAAGGGAGCAGCUGCUGAGCGCUUCUUCAGUGAUAAGGAGAGCUUUCAUGACAUUGUCCAUGCUGCAUCAGAGUUUCCAGACGCCCAGCACUAUGUGGGAGGAAAUGCAGCUUUAAUUGGACAGAAAUUUGCAGCCAACUCAGAUUUAAAGGUUCUUCUUUGUGGUCCCGUUGGCCCUAAGCUACAUGAACUUCUCGAUGACAAUGUAUUUGUUCCACCAGAGUCGCUGCAGGAAGUGGAUGAGUUCCACCUCAUUUUGGAGUAUCAAGCAGGUAAGGCUAAUGGCCCGUAUAAAGCUCCCCAUGCCAACCGGUUCAUCUUCUCACACGACCUCUCCAACGGGGCCAUGAGUAUGCUGGAGGUGUUUGUGUCUAGCCUGGAGGAGUUCCAGCCUGACCUGGUGGUCCUCUCUGGAUUGCACAUGAUGGAGGGACAAAGCAAGGAGCUCCAGAGGAAGAGACUCUUGGAGCUCGUAACCUCCAUUUCUGACAUCCCGGCUGGUGUUCCAGUCCACCUAGAGCUGGCUAGUAUGACCGACAGGGAGCUCAUGAGCAGCAUUGUGCAUCAGCAGGUCUUUCCUGCAGUGACUUCCCUUGGGCUGAACGAACAGGAGCUACUGUUUCUUAGCCAGUCUGCCUCUGGACCUCAUUCUUCUCUCUCCUCCUGGGACGGUGUUCCUGAUGUGGGCAUGGUUAGUGACAUUCUCUUCUGGAUCCUGAAAGAACAUGGGAUGAGUAAAAGCAGAGCAUCAGACCUCACCAGGAUCCAUUUCCACACGCUGGUCUACCACAUCCUGGCCACUGUGGAUGGUCACUGGGCCAAUCAGCUCGCUGCUGUGGCUGCAGGAGCGCGUGUGGCUGGGACACAGGCUUGUGCCACUGAAAGCAUAGAUGCCAGCCGAGUGUCUCUGAAGGCACCCCAUGAGUUCAUGACUUCGUAUUCAGAGGCAGGCUCCAGGGUCGUAUUGAACCCAAGCACGCCAGUAGUGGAGUGGCGCAGAGAGGGGAUAUCUUUCCAUUUCACAGCAGUGUUGGUGUGUAAAGAGCCCAUUCGAACUGUGGGCCUGGGAGAUGCCAUUUCAGCCGAAGGACUCUUCUAUUCAGAAGUCAUGGGAAGUCUUUCUGAGAGAGGAGAACUAGCCAACUAAAGAAUUACUGGAAGAAAGUGGUUUGGAUAAUAGGCUUGUGGGUGUCAGAACAGUUUGUAGAUCUAAUUUGAAGACAGCCAAAGAAACAACAGCAGAUUAAACUGUACAGAUACAUUCCAGCCUGUUGGCGACUUCAUAAAAACAUUUCAAGUUUUAAUCGAAAUUUAGCUCUCGCUAAUGAAACUGGAUUUUUGUCUUUUUAUGUUGUGUGUUAUAGGGGUGAAAACCUCACUUCCCAAAUCCCCAGUCUGUACAGCACCAUCAAGUAUUAUAGCCAGACUUCUUCACUCCUGAGAGUGUGUCUCCAGAGAAAGCACUUCCUUUCUUGCCUUGCCUAGGGUACAGUCUUCAUCUGCAGUCCUGGGCUCUCGUAAAGCCUGAUGGGAGAUUCCUGUGUCUUGGCUCACUGCUGGGGCACAGAAUCGUGGUGUCCUUUCAGUGUUAACAAUGACUGUGUCUAAUGAGCAUACCUUCUCAUCUCCUGCUCUGACUUCGGUCAGAGCCACGGAUGAGGACAGAGCAGUACUCCUGUGCGUUAUAAUCGCAACAAGGCUGGAGAACCGUGGGGGCCCCGGGAGCACUUACUUUGAAGCCCGGGUGGCACCAUGAGCUGAAGGACCUUGCCUGUACCUUCCUGCCUCGGCUCCUCAGAUUGUGGGCCAGCUGGUCGAAGGCUACUGUGGCCUGUGCUCAGCCUCACUGCCCGGCUCUGGGUGUGCUUGCUGCAACAGAAGACAGAGCCUGUCCUUCCUGAGCCUUGAAGGAAUCUGCUUCACAAGUGGAACGCGCUCCUGUGUGUCUAACAGAUCACGUGUGUCUUAGGCUUUCAUUGACACAUCUUAAAGACUUUGACCUCAUGAGAGCCCCAGGAUCAUGAAAAAAUUUGUCAUGUAUUUAUUUUUUUUAAUAAAUCAAGACUUCUGUGUGCUUUUAAGAAUAUUAAAAACAAUUUAACU